AAUGAACUUCCGUUGUAACAAUUUCCGGUCCUCGACUUUCAGCUGUAAACGAACUUUAAUGACUUUUAAUGUCUUAUAUCUAGACUAGAUAUAGAAUCUAGAUCUGGCUUUUAAAAAAAAUAUAUUUAAGUAUUUAUUUGGACAGUAAAAUGGAAUAAAUUUUAUUUGGUCACCACACUACAGAUUUAGAUACAGCAAUUUUCUUUUAAACAUGAACUUUACCGCAAACAUCUCAAAGCUAUCUCAGUUGUGGAAAACUAAUGCACCAGUAGCAACAUAUGUGGCCAUUAGAUCACUUUCCACAUCUCCAUGUUUGUGCAAGAACAUAAAGGCUGGAAUUCCUAAAGGCACACCUUUUAGGACAUUGCCACUUACAUAUGAAGAAGCUCAAGCGCCUCAUUACAUUUUUGACAGGAAAGGUUGGCUGUCAUGGAAUACAAGUAAUUUGCACAAUGAAAGAAAUAGGAUAGCUGAAACAACUUUUGAGGAUCUAAUUAUUAGAAAAUUUAUGUAUGGUACAUGGCAUGGAUCUUUAGUAUCAGAGGUCAUAAUUAAAAGACGGCACAAUAUGAUAAUCCUUGCAUUUAUUGCUUCGAUGGAACAUGUUAUACCGAGACAGAUUUACUUUUUGCAAGGGUAUACAGAAGAGCUGUUGUCACAUUGGUUGAAAUGUCCUAUCAAAGUUGAAUUACAGUGUGUUACUUCUAAAGAAGAUGUAGUGUUUAAAAGAAUUUGAAUUUUUCUUUUUUUACUGCACAAUAAAAUGCUUAUUUUUACAAUA